AUGCAGCUGCUGCAUCUCCCCCCGGAGAUCCUCGUGACUAUCCUGAACUUUGUCGGUCCAGACCACUUCCGUAAGCAUGCCGGGUGUCUUGCCAUCUCCAAAGCGUGGUACAGGUUCGCCAGGCCAGUGCUCUUAAGCUGCAUCCAGCUGUCGACCUCAACACUGCGAUCUGGACUGCUUCGGGCCCUUCGAGACCCAGGGACCCUGGCUGCUACUCAGCGGCACACUACAGCCGUCACCCUCUGCCUUGAUCCACCGAGCCCCGACGAGUCCAGCGACGAGCAGCAUGUCGGGCAUGUCCUCGAUCCCGGCUCUGGCCUCACGCAGGUCGCAACGGACCUCGUGGAGCUCGGGAGUGUGCUGUGUGGAUUCACGCAGCUUCGGUCUCUGCGCAUCCAUCCAGGACAAGACGAGCUUCGGCUUGAGAUUCACGUCUUGGCAGGUCUUGUCUCGCAGCUGCGGAGACUGACUUCACUUGACAUCGACUUGGCAAAUGUCGAGUACAUGGAGACGGAGAUCCCUGCCCACAUGUGCACGUCAAUCAGCGCCUUGAUGCCGUCGCUCGUCAGUCUACGCUGCCGACUACCGUACCUGUGUGAGCAGAUCUUGGGGCCUCCACCCGAGAAUGGCCAGCCUGUCCCCCACAGCACCGGAAGAAGCAAUGAGGGCUCCCUACAGCUCCCGCUCACGGAGCUCAUCGUGAACACCAGUAUAUCGGAGUGGUCGCCCAGAGUGACGGGAUACGCGUUCACACAGCACUGCGAUCGGCUCUAUGAGCGUUUAUACCCGAUCGACGGCCCCUCACGCAGCCGACUUCAGUCGCGCAUGUCGUCGCUUACAUCUCAGUGCCCCAACCUCACGCUGGUCAGGCUUAUAUCUCACCAAGUGCCAUCUCUCGACUGGUGCGCGCUCGACGCCCUCAGUGGAAAUAAGCUGUGGAUGCCGCCAGGGUCCCCUUGGGAUGCCGAUGGAGAGGUGAUCGACGAGGUCGAUGAGCAAGAUGAUAGUAACUCAGAGAAUGAUCUAUUCAACUCGGGAUCAGAGUCCUCGUCCUCACUAUGAGUUUCGUUGGACGGAAAUACAGUGGUCCAUGCCUGUUUCCAAAAUCUACCAGCGAUUCCAAAACAGCCCCAUUCCCAAGUCAUCCCAGCGUACUAUAUUUACCAAUUAGCGGUAUUAAGCUAUAAGUUACCGUAGUGCGCCUAGCUGUCUAUAAAUGCUGUCAUCCUGCUUCUGUCUCGUAGGGCCCGGCGGCGGC